UGGAAGUUAAACUGCUCCCUGCUGAAAGACAUAGAGAUCACAACAGACUACAGGGAGCAGUACAGCCAAUGGCAGACUUUACAAGACUUUUAUGAUUCACGAGCACAGUGGUGGGAGAUGACUCUUUCUUGCAUCCCUGGAACGUGCAAUGUUUUAUUUUUUGUGGGGGUCCAAGUGGGAGAGACUUAAAAGAGCAACCAUGAAGAAAGCACCCCAAAAUGGAGGAAAAGGAGUGCCAGACCCCUACUUGUUUUUAGGAGCUUUUUAUACUGCACUACAUAUAAAACAUGCCCGAACCCCAUCCAAACAAGACAAAACAGCAGCCAUGACCCGGUUUUGGAUGGGGUCCUACUUAAGAACUCAAAACAUUUUACAGAUUGACUUGACAACGCCGGUUGCCUUUGACCAACCCCCAGCUUACACCCACAUAAAGAAGUUUUUAAAGAAAUUCAAUUUGGAAAAAGAAAGUGUGACCGUUUUAACUAAUCAUCGCUCCAUACUCUCUCUUGUGCAGGAAUGGGAACAAGUGUGUCCAGUGCGCGGGCUCACUCUAGGUGAAGCCCAAAAAGUUUGGCGGAAUGUAUCCCACUCAGCUCUUCACAACCGACACCGAGACUUGGCUUGGAUGGCUGCCCAUGAGAUCCUCCCGGUCAGGGCCGUGAUGCACUCCCGAGGCAUGUCAAAGAACCCCAUCUGCCCACGGCCCGGAUGUGGCGCACCCGAGACCGUGAAGCACGCCUUCUGGGAGUGCAGCGCUGUGAGGGACCUGUGGGCAACAGCUGGCCCCCAGCAAUUCCCGUGCCUGCCAGUAGGGGGGGUCCUAGACUACCCAAUGGGAAGAGGAGGGGUGAGCCAAGAGGAAAUGCCAGCAAAAACACCCCCUAAGCUAUGGCUCACCAUCAUCUGCAUCAAAGACGCCAUAUGGACCUCCAGAAACCUACUGGUAGGGAAGCGCAUGCAGGGGUCCCUCCACGCCACCAUCCAGCUGGCUAAAUCAAGGCUGCAGGAGUACACCGCAUGUCGCCAUUCGGAUGUGGAGGGUCAGAGCUUCACGGGAAAGGUCCCCAUAGCCACGAGCCCUGGCUGUCCGUAGAUGCCCCCAAACACCUGAAGUGGGGCAGCGGCGCCACGGUUUAAGAGGAUCUCCU